GAAGGCCUUCCAUUCUCAUAUUUCAAUAUUAUUUUCGGAAAUUUCAUAUUUUUUAGCAGGGAUUAAUGUUUUAUAUGAUAAAUUUGGUGCCAACAUUCUGUCUUAUGACCAUUUCAAAACACUCAUUGCCAGUUGCUUAAUUUUGUUCCUGUACCUUGGCAAGGCCUGCCAUAAAAAUACUAGUAAUCAUGGCAAGUGAUGCCUUAGUUCUCCACUUGAUCCUUCAAACUCAAGCUGCAUGAUCGACCAACUGAUGAAUGAAUCAGAGGAUGUCCGCUUUACUGUCAUCGGAGAGUGGAGUUAUUAGCUGUGAAAGCAUGAUUGUGUUGUCAUUUGCCGACUACCACAAGUUUGCCUCUGUCAUCAUAGAACUAUCGAGUCGAUGAGAUCAAGAAUCUGAAUUACAGCCCUAAUAUCCACGAGUUUUGAACUCAACAAGAAGCUUGUGAUCUGAUGUCCUGCUUGUGGUUGAGCUGUCAAACUUCAUUGGCAUCAAGACCUGCCACCUGCUUUGAGCUGGCUCUUUCUUGAGCCUCAGGUGCUGCAAAGAGGCCAUCUAGCGGCAGGAGGGAUGAAGGCUGCGAGGUGGAGGGGCUGCGAGCUCUGCGGCGGUGCGGCCGCCGUGCACUGCGAGGCGGACGCGGCGUUCCUCUGCUGGGCAUGCGACGCCCGCGUGCACGGCGCGAACUUCCUCGUCGCGCGCCACCUCCGGCGCGUCGCCUGCGCCGGGUGCGGCGCCCUCGACGAGGACCGCCUCCUCGCCGGCGCUGGGUCUCCUCCGGUCCGCUCCCUGUGCAGCGCCUGUGGCCCCGCUGGGUCCGGAUUCUCUGACGACUCGGAAUCGGUCUCCUGCAUCUCCACCGCGGAGUCGAUCGCGGCCGCGUCGGCCGGGCGGCGGGGGCAGGCGAGUGCGGAGGGGGUUCUGGCGAGAAGGGGCGGGCGUGCCGGUCUGGGGAGGCGGCGCGUCGCGGAAGCGGUGCCCGCUGCUGUGGGGCGUCUGAGAAGGGCGUGCCGGGGAACGGCGGAGACGCGCUCGAGGGUGAGCUUGGAGGCGGCGCCGUGGCUCGCCGCGAGGAGGCGCGGGUGGAGAGGGGGCGGCACGCGGGAGGAGGCGAUGCUGAGGAGCUCCAGGGCGGCUUCGGGCGUGCCUGUGGAGCUCAUCGUUCGAGCCUCGACUCGGCUCGCAGGUGCUGCGAUGCGCGCCAGAGCCAUGGCCAUGGAAGAAGGUUGGGCUGAGUGCUAUUAAAAGGCUUCCUUUCUCCUCCUCCUCUUUUACUUCCAGGCUUUGGUAAGUUGGAGGUCUGCAAUGUUAGUAGAAUAUGUGGAGAAAAAGGAAGAAAAAAACUGAGAAAGCCUAUAUAAUUGUGGUCAUGCUUUUAGUACCGCAAACUAUAAUGUAUUCAACUGUGCAUUAUAAGCUUGUUAGA